AAAAUAUAUAAAUAAAAUUAAAAGUAAACAGGAAAUAAUUAAAAAUGUUAGUUUCUGAAGCGGCGAAGAAAAAAGAACGCGUUGUGCCAUUGAGAGAAAUGUUUGAAGCGUACUGUCAAUUGGACACAUUGGCUGACGUGAUAGAGGUCGACCUUCUGUCGUUUUCCCAACUUAACAAAUGGCUUGUAGACGCGAAUGUCAUCGACGAGUCUCGUGUGACCACAACAGAUGCAUUUCUGUGUUUUUUUCAAUUCAAAAAACGCGCCAUUUCCUACGAUGAGUUUCUCGUUUAUCUUGAAGAUUUGGCAGACACCAAAGAAUUAAAUUUGAGUAGAAUUAAAUACAAAUUGCAGACAUGCGGCAAACCACCAGAACCUCGGGAUUCAUCAGCAUAAAUUGUAAAAAUAAUUAAGUAAAAAUACUCUAGUA